GGUUCAGGUGGGGGGCGUGUCCUGUUCAUCCGGAGCGCAAGAUGGCGCUGCCCUUUGCGCGUCCACUGUGCCUGUGCCGCUGGGGAGCCAAAAGGUUAGGGAUUGCUGCCGCGGAAACCCGCAGAGGCGUCAGUUUCAAACUGGAAGAAAAGACAGCCCACAGCAGCUUGGCCCUCUUCAAAAGUGACACAGGUGUCAAAUAUGGCAUGGUGGGAUUGGAGCCCACAAAAUUGGGCCUGAAUGUGGAGCGCUUCCGGGAGUGGGCAGUGGUGCUGGCAGACACAGCGAUCACCAGUGGCAGACACUACUGGGAGGUGACAGUGAAGCGCUCGCAGCAAUUCCGGAUAGGAGUGGCAGAUGUGGACAUGUCCCGGGAUAGCUGCAUCGGUGUUGACGACCGUUCCUGGGUGUUCACCUAUGCCCAGCGCAAGUGGCACACCAUGUUGGCCAACGAGAAGGCCCCUAUUGAGGGCAUUGGGCAGCCAGAGAAGGUGGGGCUGCUGCUGGAGUAUGAGGCCCAGAAGCUGAGCCUGGUGGAUGUGAACCGGGUUGCUGUGGUCCAUACACUACAGACAGAUUUCCGGGGUCCAGUGGUGCCUGCCUUUGCCCUUUGGGAUGGAGAACUGCUGACUCACUCAGGGCUUGAGGUACCAGAAGGCCUCUAAUAUGUCCAUCACUGAAGUCCCUAAUCAUGCUCUUGGCCAGCCUCCUGCUCAAAAAGUGUCUGAAACCUUUUAAUUGUGGCCCAAGCAAGUACCAGCUCCCACCUGUCACUAGUUCAGUGACAGGUCCUCUGUGCAAUAUCUCAGUCAUCUUUGUUUCCCGUCCUGUGAAAGGUAGGCAUACAGCCAGCCACCCUCUCCCCUCCCCCAAACUACUGCCAAUUUCCUAGGCUACCAUGAAUGUACUUUCUCAGACUGUAUUCAGUCCUGGAGUCUUACCUUUCAGCUUUAUUAGAAUUUAUUCAUCACUGUGCUACCUCUUCCUCCCUUUGCCCACACAUAACUUGUUUUGGGGGCUCUACGGAAUCUCUCCAGAGUAAAUCCUUUCUACCUCUGGCUGAAGGAGUGGUGCAGUCAAUAACUUGGCCCUUUCUGUACACUAUACACAGAGUCUGGGCUCUGGCUCCCUCAGGAAGUGCUUUACAGACUGUGUCAGAAUGGUAACAGCCUUCCUUUCUAUAUCUCAAUGUUACAGACUCUCAGCCCCACACAGCUGUAGCUCUUCUCACCCCGAGUCCAUCUGCCUUAAUCUGUAAACCUCUAACGCCUGGUCAGUCUUGCAGUCAUUGAGCCAGUUAAAAUCAUGACUGGGGGGAAGAGACACUUGGGGGAUGCUGAGGGGAUUAGUGCUAGAAACUUUAUUCUUGAGAAGUUCUGUCUUCAUUUCUGCUAUAGUUGUAACUUCCAGAGGGAGGAGGGAGGCCUGAGGUCUUGCACAGUCCAUUUUGGGGCCUGCCCAGACCCAAGCAUUUGCCCCUACUUAGCAGCAGAAUACACUUAACCUAAAGCAGUAUUUGGGAUUGAGGAAAACUUUGUGGGGUGAGUAUGUAUGUAAAAUAUGUAUUGUUGGGCUUUUUCUGACCCUGUGGUUCCAUCUUAUUCUACCUUUAUGAUGGUGAUGCAGCUGGAUGCCCCUAGGAGAGAAAGAGAAGGACUGGGUCUAGCAAAAGUGAUUUGUGUAAUUAAAGUUUAUUUGAGCACAAAAUA